ACGCCGACGUGGCUGGCGCACUCGGACGAACUCCGGGGCAAACACCACUCAUCGGUCAUCCUCACGGUCAAGACGAGGGAGGAGGCGGACUGGCUGACAAAAUCGAAGGAGGUAGUGUUCCUCUUCGGGUCGCUGGCGCGGUUCGCCAAAUUCCACGACACCAAGCCGCUAUGCCAGUGCACUAACUGCUGGGCGUACGACCACUACGCGUCACGCUGCAAAGCCGAAGCACGCUGCCACACCUGCGCCGGCCCUCACCACGAAAACGACCACACCUGCGCAAAGUGCCCCGCCACGGCGGAGGCACAGAAGACCUGCACCCACACUGCCUACAAAUGCGCAUCCUGCGGAGGAGAGCACGCAGCCGACAGCGCCCGAUGCGCUACGCGCCUC